GCCCACCACCCCCUAUAGUAUAGUCCCUUAAGUGUCAUUUUCUCACAUAUACUUUACACAAAAGAAAACAGCCAUUCACUUCACAUACAUACCUUGUCAUUUCUCCCUUCUCCCUUCUCUCUUCUCUCUCUCUCUCUCUCUAUCUUUCUCUUUGCCCUCUUCUCUCAAUCUCAAAUCUCUGCUCUGCAACUACUCCAAAUUGAUUGAAUGCUCCAAACUCCAUCCACACACACCUUCAAAAAUCUUAUUAAUUACCCUCACCUAGCAACCAGUUCGUAGCUCCUCCCUCUCCCCUCCACAAAAACUCACCACACACUCUCUUCAAUCCUUCAAAUUUUUCAUAUUAUAUAUAUAUAUUGCACAAGAAAAAGGAAACUUAAACUGAACGAGAGGGAAAAGGAAAUCUACACGACUAAGUACACAAAGAGAGAAGAAGAAGCCAAAGCAGCAUAAAGAGGUAAAGAUAAAGGCUUGUUUGGAUGGAGUUAUUCCCAGCACAACCAGACUUGUCCUUACAAAUCAGCCCUCCAAACGCGAAACCCACAUCAAGUUGGAGGAGAAGCACAGAAGAAGACAUGGAUUUGGGGUUUUGGAAGAGAGCCUUGGACUCAAGAAACUCCAUUCAAUCAAUGGCCAAACAAGACUCUUGCUUCGACCUCUCCCUCUCCAAUCCAAAAGCUUCAGAUAACAACAACAACCACCACUCCAACACCACCACCUCUAACCUCAUUCAUCAUCACCACUUCCAAAACGGUGCCACCCCCACUAAUGCCACCACCACCACCACCAACCCCUUCCAACUACCCUUUCAGAAAAACCACUACUUCCACCAGCAGCAGCAGCCACUGUUCCAGCCUCAGCACCAAAGCCUAAGCCAAGACCUUGGCUUUCUAAGACCCAUUAGGGGAAUCCCGGUGUACCAAAACCCUCCUCCUAUACCAUUCACUCAACACCAUCAUCAUCAUCAUCUCCCUCUAGAAGCUUCCACCACCACCCCUUCUAUUAUUUCAAACACAAACAAUGGUUCCACCCCUUUCCACUCUCAGGCCCUUAUGAGAUCGAGGUUCUUGUCACGCUUCCCUGCUAAGCGUAGCAUGAGGGCUCCGAGGAUGCGUUGGACUUCUACCCUCCACGCUCGCUUUGUUCAUGCCGUUGAACUCUUGGGUGGCCACGAAAGGGCUACACCCAAAUCAGUUCUUGAGCUAAUGGAUGUCAAGGAUCUCACGUUGGCACAUGUUAAGUCUCAUCUACAGAUGUACCGGACGGUGAAAACUACAGAUAGGGCGGCAGCUUCAUCAGGGCAAUCAGAUGUGUAUGAUAAUGGAUCAUCUGGAGAUACUUCUGAUGACUUAAUGUUUGACAUAAAAUCCUCAAGAAGGUCUGAUCUAUCCGUUAAGCAGGGAAGAUCAAGUGUUAAUCAAGAUAAGGAGUAUCAUGGUCUUUGGGGCAAUUCUUCCAGGGAAGCUUGGUUGCAUGGGAAGACAAAGACUGAUUCUGUUGGAAACGUGCCUUUUUCUCUUGAGAAGGAAAUGGAUCCAAAGUGCCUAAGCUAUGAGAGAAUAUCAGAUGGAAGUUCAUCCUCAAAUCUUUCAGGAUCAAGCCCGAAGAAGCCUAAUUUGGAUUUGGAAUUCAGCUUGGGCCAGCCACUUUAAUUUGAGAUCUGAAUAUAUAUAUUAUUCAUUAACUACUAUGAAACUGAAAGAGGUAGAGCUCUGGAAUGAGAAUCAGGAACCCGCUGAGAAAAUCAGAGAAAGAGAAAGCUAAAAAGAAAACAAAAGAGAAAAAAAGAAAAGUAAAAGGAGCUAAAGAACACAAGGAGACAAGAAAGACAGAAAGCAACAAAAGGAAGGGAUGAGGGGAAAAAAGUAUGGCCUUCCUAUCAGAGCUCUUGUGAGAUCCAAAUCAACAUAUUAUAUUUUCUUGGUAAAUAUAUGAAAUCUAAUUGAUUUGUAUGUUUUUCAAUCUGAGAGAAAGAAAGAGACAUGAGAGAGAGCAAGAGAGUGUGAGAGAGAGACCUAUGUUAAAAGUAUGAAGUGAUCCUUGGUAAUUGUAAUGGAGCACUUUACAUUUAUGAAAUAUUUAGAUAUUUCCAACAAAGAAGUUGGGUUCUCCUAAUCCUAUAUUUAA